AUGGACUCUUGUAGGAGACACUCCACCCUCCCGUGGGCAAUUGCUCUGACUUGGAGCAUCAUCUGCGUAAAUGUUUUUACCACAUCAGCUGAGUGGCACGGAGACCUGUCAGACUAUGAGUUGGCCAGCUUUGACAAUCCCGAUAUUUUGGAUAAAACUCAAAGACGUGCAUCAAAGUUCAAUCAUUUUGCAUUGAGUGACCAUGGUGAUGUGUAUGUUGGAGCUGUCAAUUGUUUGUACAGGUUGAACAGUGGUUUGGCAGAGAUACAGAAUGUAUCAACCUGUGAUGACAGCAGGCCAGAUAUGCCCUGCCAUGAUACAAAUAACUACAACAAGAUACUGAUAGUUGACAAUACUCAACCAAACAGUUUGAUAACCUGUGGCGGUGUGUAUGAGGGUAUUUGUCAGUUACGGCAGUUGCAAGAUAUCAGUAACGUGAUGAUGGAGUCGGUUCCCUACGUUGCUGGGUUUGAGGAUGCAUCAACCGUUAGUCUGAUUGCUCCGGGGCAAAACAGUGUAUCGGUGCUUUUUGUUGCCGUUACGUAUACUGGUGAAAAUAUUAACGAACGAGGAAUCUUUCCAGUAAUUGCAAGAAGAGCCCUGGAACAUUAUCAAUUUUUAUCGCAAAAGGAAUUUAGGGAUGCCGUAUUUUUCAUGAGCUAUGCCAAAGUGGAACAGUUUUGCAUAAAGUACGUUUCAGCAUUUGCCUACAGUGGAUUCACAUACUUUGUUACCUUCCAGAAGGAGGAUUUGAAUUCCGCCCAAUUUGUUACUAAGAUGAGCAGAGUAUGUCAAAGCGGUCCAAACCUAGACGCCUACACAGAAAUUACCCUACAGUGCAGUGGAUCCGAUGGCAGUGUGUACAGCUUGGUGCAAGCAGCUCACUUUGGACCAGCAGGACCUGAUCUAGCGGCAUCAUUGGGUCUCCAUGCAGACGACCAGGUGCUGUAUGCUGUGUUCGCCAAGAACCAAGGAGCUCCGGGUACCAGUCAUGUACCCAUCGAUCACUCAGCAUUGUGUGUGUACAGGAUGACGGAUAUCUUGGCUGCCUUCAAAGCAGCAGUCACAGGCUGUAUAAAGAAUGGAAAUGCCUUCUCUGUUGACUAUUUGGAGGGUUCUUUUUGCAGUAGUUUCGGGAUUGACAUUCUGGAUCGCUAUUUCUGCAUACCCGUGACCAAUGAUGCAUCUCAAACGCCAUUAUUCAAGUACGCAAAGGGCAUAGCCCCCGUUCCAUCCACGGCAAUUCUAGAGCUGCCUGGUACUCUCAUGUCAUCAAUCAUAACCACUAUAGAAGUCAACCACACCAUCGCUUUAAUCGGGACAUCGAGUGGAGAUCUACUCAAGGUUCAUAUGGAAAGUAACACUGCCAGCCGACUUUAUGAACGCAUUAGUGUUGAUACCAGUCCAGUUCUGCCAGAUGUCAAGGUUAAUGAGACAGCACGUGUACUAUUUCUCUUGACGGAACAAAAGUUGAUGAAGCUUCGCGUGGAGAAUUGUAGCCAGUACACUACAUGCCAAACGUGUAUUGGGACUGAUGCAGGGAAUAAUGGAGACCCAUAUUGUGGAUGGUGCACUCUGGAACGAAGAUGUACGAGAUAUUCCGACUGUCCAUCACCUGAUGUAUCUACUCGAUGGUUGGCCUACAAUGCUGCUCAGUGCAUUAAUAUUACCGAUGUAGCUCCCUAUGAUAACCUACCAAUUACAGUCACUGAGCAACAGAUCACCCUGACUGUGCAGCAGUUACCUGAUCUAGGGACAGGCCAGAGUUAUGAAUGUCAUUUUGGGUCAUUCGAAUCUCCAGCUACGAAGAAUGGUGAAGUACUAGAGUGUACGUCACCUCCUAGUGAUGGGAUACCUGCCAUUCCACAAGGAGAUGAUGCAGUACACGUAGAUUUGGGUGUCGAAUCAUCUGAAACUUCAGUUCAAUUCAUAGACACCGACUUCUACUUCUAUGAGUGUUCAACGCACACUUCCUGUGUAUCCUGCGUUGGUAGUCGCUGGGCCUGUGAUUGGUGCGUGUUUGAGAACAGAUGUACUCAUGAAAGCUCCACAUGCACACGUGCUAAUGAAAUCAUCAUUACUGGAGAUAACGAACCUGAGUUUUGCCCUCAGCUGCUUAACCAGACUGCUGAGGUGCUGCUUCCUAAUGACAUUAUGAGGAACAUCACUGUCAUGACUACAAACCUGCCAGACGAAGCUGAGAUUUCUAGCUAUCAGUGCAGCUUAGAUAUAGAGGGAUCACCUCAGGCUGUUAAUGCAGAUCGCAAUGGAGAUAGGAUCACAUGCCAAGAUAAGGCUUACACUUACCUCUCCAAUGAUGAACCAGAGAUGGAAGUGAAACUGUCUGUUUCAUGGACUGACAAAAGCGGUGUUGCGCACAUCCUAGAUGACAUACAUGGAUUUGAUGUUACAUUGUACAAGUGUAAAAUCCAGAAGCCAGACUGCAGCCGUUGUGUUACAGCCCGCUCAGCCCUCGAUUGUGUUUGGUGUGGUGCCAUGCCGAGCGAGUCUGGUGUUUGCAAACUGAAUGAAGUUUGCAGUGAAAAUAGGGUGACUUUGGAUAAUGGAUUGAACUGCCCUGAUCCAGUUCUGAGUGAGGUAUUUCCCUUGACUGGGCCCAUUGAAGGCAACACAGUCAUAGAUGUGAUGGGAACUGAUAUCGGUCGGAGAUUGAGUGAUGUUGUGAGGGUGAUGGUUGGCGAUCAACCAUGUGAUCUGGCUGGAUUAAACUCAGACUACCAAAUUGGAGCAAGUGUCAGCUGCCGAACGAGAGCAGAGAGUAAAGGAGAUGAGUUGGUUACUUUGACAGUCACGGGUGCAGAUGGUACAAUGCAGUACAGCUCAGGAACGGUCAACUUUAGCUUCACAGACCCAACAAUUACAGUAUUCCAACCCAGCCUCGGCCCAGAAGCCGGUGGGACGGCAGUUAGUGUGAAUGGUACAGCUCUCAACACAGGACGCAAUAUUAAAGCGUUCAUCGGCGACAAUCCUUGCAUCAUAACAAGCAAACCGGUUGAAUCCAUGCUAGAAUGCACAACCACUGCUGGCCAAGUUGGAUAUCAAGGUGUUGUGAAAGUCUCCUUCGAUGGGGCCAUGAGAACCUCAUCAGAUAUGUACACGUACGCUGAGAAUCCUACCAUUACUGAGGUGUCUCCUCUGAAAAGCAUCGUUUCGGGUGGUCGAAAUUUGACGGUUACUGGGACUUUUCUAACCACAAGUAGAAACCGUCAAAUCGUUGUCACUAAUGGAAACGGUAAUCGUAAAGUGGAGACUUUGUCAGAGAUCAAUGAAACAUUUGGCUUCAUCAUGGAUGGGGUCACUCAUCUGUUGGCAUGGUCUGAGGAUAACGAUGUCCACCUGGAGUACUUUGAGGAUCCAGAAUGUCAAGGUGAAUCUGCAACAGAGAUGCGGUGCCCGUCUCCAAACAUAAGAGACCUCGACACGAGCAAUGUAAAGUUGACCUUUGGCUUCAUCAUGGAUGGGGUCACUCAACUGUUGACAUGGUUUCAGGAUAACGAUGCCAACUUGGAGUACUUUGAGGAUCCAGUGUAUAACAAAUUUGAAGAUGGUAUGAAGGACAAAGAAGGAGAAACCUUAAAAAUCACGGGCGAGCGGAUUGACAGCGCCAUCACAGAGGGAGAAAUCAUCGUGACGAUCGGAGUAGAGAGCUGUCCCAUUAGCCUGUUCACUGGGACAACACUCGUAUGUGAAUUGCCCGAUGAGGCACCAGCAGCCAGUGACUACAUGGGAGAGGAUUCUGGGAAAGGUCUGCCUGUGGUAUGGGUUCGUCACAAUAAUUUAAAAUGCAAGUUGGGCUACUUGGUUUAUCCCACGGUGCCACUUGUCGCUAUACUUGUACCGAGUUUGACCAUCCUACUCUCCAUGGCGAUACUGCUCGCUGCUACCUUCGUGUAUUGCAGACAAUUGCGAAGGAAGCGCACCCACAACCGAAGACUAUUGGGCAGGAUAGUGGCGAUUCAUCUCGAAAUUGACUCCCAUGUCAAAAGACGCAGGUGGUAUAGAUCCCAGAAACAGUCGGAAUCUGCUCAGCCAAAACAAAAGCGCAUUGUCCUGAACAACAAGGUCAGCUUCGUUCCCGACGACAUUCAUAUCGACUUCAGCCAACUGGAAUUGGGGGAAACUCUCGGACAAGGUGCAUUUGGACGUGUACUGAAAGCUGUUCUACACAACACGUCAGGGGAAGAUCAAAUUGUAGCAGUGAAGACAGUGCAAGACACCUCGGACACGAAAAAUGUGGUGAAGUUCCUGGAGGAAAGCCUGAUCAUGAAAACCUUCGACCAUGUCAACGUACUGGGGCUUCUGGGGUUGACCUUUGACGCUGACGAAAAACCCUUGAUGGUGAUACCCUUCAUGGCAAACGGUGACCUCAAGACAUAUCUGGUCAAGAAGAAACAGACCUUGGCGACAUCUCUGCUGAUGAGGUUUGCCUCACAUGCCGCACUUGGUAUGAGUUACUUGGCUCAGCACAAGUUUGUCCACAGAGAUCUUGCGGCCAGAAAUUGCAUGGUGGAUAGCGAUCUUCUGGUGAAGAUAGCGGAUUUUGGACUGUCCCGUGACAUGCACGAAUCGGAUUACUACACAAGCGGCGAUGCCCAGGCUAAGCUGCCUAUCAAAUGGAUGGCUCCCGAGUCCAUGGAACGUCGAGUGUACAACGCCAGGACUGACGUGUGGUCAUACGGUGUGCUCCUGUGGGAGAUUUUCAGUAAGGGUGCAAGACCGUAUCCAGGAAUACCCCUCCAAGAUGUGUAUAUUUUCUUGAAGAGUGGUCAACGCAUGGAUGCUCCCAAGAACUGCCCGCCAGAAAUCUACGGCAUAAUGGUACGUUGCUGGCAGGACAACCCCAAGUCACGUUGCACCUUUGUCGAAGUUGCAAACGAGCUGGAAGAACUGUUGGAGGGAGACCGUGACUACGUAGCAGCUUCUAGUGCGGGUGUGGUUGGUAAGCGACCCAUCGAACAUCGCGAAGAACCUGGUGUCACAGACGACAGCUAUCUGGUCCCGAUGCAGCAGGAGACCGCCUUUGGUGCUGACGGCCCGUGUAGUGACGGAGAAACCAGCGGGAGCCAUGCAAACGCCGCCCGUGAUCCCUUGGAUUAUGUCAAUAAAAUUGUCAUUAGAUAA